AUGGCUGAUAUAGGUCCUUUUCCUCGUUCAUGGUGGGGUCCAAACGGUCAUUUUGAAAUUAAACCAUGGUUUCCAUUACCAACAAAUCUUAUCAAAAAGGGCCAAGAAUGGAUACCAGAAUUUAAAAAGUGUGCAAUGUUAUGUAUUUCUGUUGUCAUUAUGGUUCAGAUAGUUUGCCAGAGAAAUAGAUUAUUCGCUGGCAACAUAAACAGUUUAUCAAAUGGACCAAGCUAGAAGGAAGAGCAAUUUAUAAAUUGUUACAAAAAUUGAUAGAUAUCAUAUUAAAGUAGAUUGUCUUUGGUUAUGCGGUUUCGUUUGAUGGACAUCGAUCUUUAGAAAGACAAAAACCAGAGAUUUUCAAGAUUUAAUGUUUCCGCUUUACGCCAUUCUAAGCAGGUCUUUGUUAAACAUAAUCAUCAAACGAAUGAUAAUUGCAUAGCGUCCAUAGGGUGUGGGUGUGGGUGUUGGUGUGGGUGUGCUGGUGGGUGUGGGUGCUCGUGUCGUCAUUGACUAUGCCUCACGCUCGCCC